AUGGAGUUCCGCCCCGCAAGCUCCCUCCUGGCCGCCGCCGCCGCCGCGGCGCGCCACGGUGCCGCCCAGCAGCGCCUCGCCACGACCAUCACCACCUCCCUCACAGCCACCCGCGGGCACAAGACCACGGCGCGCACGAAACGCGCCCUCAAGAUCGCCCCCCACGACUCCUUCCUCCCCGACCGCUCCUCGCCCUUCCCCGCGGCCGACAGCAUCAUCUACAACCCGCCCGCGUCCGAGUCGUCGCCCUCGCACACGCCCUUUCUCUUCCUCCCGUCCUCGGACCCGCGCGCCCGCCUGCGCAAACCCACCUCCGCCUCUUCCCCUCCUUCCACUUCGCCUCUGCCACCCGCCAUGCGCUACCCGCGACGCAGCGUGGACGAGCAGCAGCAGCCCGCCCGCCAGCACCUCUCCGCCGAGCAGGUCCAGGAGAUGCGCCGCCUGCGCGCCGAGGACCCCCUGACGUGGAGCGUCGGCGCGCUCGCGAGGAAGUUUGGCUGCUCGGCCGUGUUUGUCCAGAUCGCGGCGCCCGCGGGACCCGCGCACAAGGCCUGGCUCGAGGAGCAGAAGCAGAAGCGCGAGGCGCGCUGGGGCAACAAGAAGACGGCAGCCAGGGAGGACCGCAAGAGGCGCGCGGAGCUCAUGUACCGUGGCGAGCUAUAG